CCGGCAUUGGCUCGCUAGAAAGCAAGCUAGCAAGUCAAACGCCGAUGACAAACUUGUCAAACAGCAGACGCAAGGUUGAGCAUCCCUUCGGCUUACUGACGAAACCAUGGUAACGGCGCAUUCGAUAUACGUCAUGUGGCAAUAUGGAAGCGACUGGGAGAGUGGUCAGCGAAGUUUCUUGCUAGAUAUUGUUGCUGCGGUGUUUAUGAAAAAACAAGUUCCAGAAAGUAAUUGGGUGUUUAAAUGAUUGUUUAAUGUGUUAGCACGCGACGUUUGUCUUAAUUUGUGUGUUAUUAUCGUUAGCUUGCUAUCAUGAAUUCCGAUGUAGAGGAGUUGAUGCCCAGGCUUCUACCGGUAGAAAAAUCAGAUACUUCAGAGUUUGACCUCAGUGAACCACCGAGGAACCCCCAGGAAUACUUACGGCAGGUUCAACUGGAAGCGUCCCUUUGCCCAGAUGUUGUUGUUGCCCAAAUUGACCCAAAGAAAUUGAAAAAGAAGCCAACUGUGAAUGUCUCUCUUUCAGGAUGCCAAGCUGCCCCUGUGGGAUUUUCUCCAAGCGUCCGAUGGCAGCAGCGGCAAGUCAGCAACUUUUCCGAAAUCAGACAAAGUAUUAACAAACAUAGACAACACUGGAAGGCUCAGGCAUUGGAUGACAAUGUGAUAAUGCCAAAGUCAGAUGAUGAAGAAGGAUGGAAGAAAUUCUGUUUGGGUGAAAAUGUUUACAACAGUUCGACACCUAUACCAAGUGACAAUAACGACCCAGGUCUUGACUAUGUGAAGGUUGGAUUUCCUCCUUUUUUGAGCAUCGUGAGUAGAUUGAAUCAGACCUCAGUUUCCAUGGUGCUAGAGUAUUUGAUAAAUUGGUUUGCGGAGAAAGAGUUUGUCCCACAGCUGGGAAGAUGGCUAUAUGCAUUGUUGGCUUGUCUUGAGAAGCCUCUGCUGCCGGAAGCACAUUCCCUCAUUCGGCAGCUGGCUCGACGAAGCUCUGAAGUGCGAGCUAACCUGGAAAGCAAAGAAGAUGAGGCAUUAUCUGCCCUGAAUUUGAUGAUUUGUCUGGUCGCCAGAUAUUUUGAACAAAAUGACUUGGCAGAUAAGGACUGAUCCCUUGGUUUGUGAUGUAUGAGCCAAUCAUCCAGAUGACUGGCUCAAUCAUCCACCAUACAAAUUAGAAUCAUCAUGUUCAGUAUUUUUCAAUUGUAGUGUUAUUGCACUGUGAUGAAGUGGCAUGUACACCCCCUUUACUGCCCAUGGAUUUCUUUGUCAUUUUCAUGUCUCCAAAUGGCUGAUGCACAUGCUGUGCAUUGUUAGUCUGGAUUGGAACACCAUAUUUGUAAUCAUAUUUUCAGGAUGGUCAGAAGGGUUCCAAUAAAUGGACAACAGAUUGGCAGUAUUUGAUGUGACUUUGUAUGCUUUCACUUCUGUGAUGGAAAUGUACAAUGUUUCGCAAGCAAGUGUAUUAAUUUCUACCAGAAAUGUCUGGAAUCAAUAAACUUUUCUAUUCCCA